ACACACACACACACACACACGUCUAUAAUACAGUUAUUAAUUAAUAAAGUAAAAUAAUUAUUUGAGACUUUAAGUUAUUAAAACACGAAGUACUGUCGCAAGAUGAGAACUGUAUCCUGGAUUCCGGAAAAAUAAAUAAAACGAUGUAUUUUAUUCUAUUUCCUUCUUUAUUGCCUUACUGUAGUCCUUUUAUUAUUCCCAUUCAAGGACCUUCCUUAUUUAUGACUCAGUGUUUUUAUAUAAAACACCUAUAAUAAUUGAAACUCUGUUUUAAUCAAAUCUGGGAACGAUAUAUGUAGUAUUUUCAGCAUUAGAAUACGCAAUAUUCAAAUUUUUUUUAUAACAGCAACAUGUAACUUCGAUCAUUUCAUUAACCUUCAUCAAAGCAAUAGUAAAAUGGAUUAAAAUAGUACAAUACCAGCUUCAAAAAAUUACAAACCCUGGAAACUAACAUAAAAGCAUAAGAAAUCAUCUGCACAAUGCUUUGCACUAAUUACAUUGCGCCUGCAACAAAAUUGAUAAAGUCUUGCCGUCGAAUGCCAUGGAUGAUACAGUUGGAAGAUCAAUUUAUAGUGGACGAUCAAGGGAAAGCAGCGUAUCAAAACACGCGUCUCGAGCAUAAUGUACAACUUAACAUAAAUUCCAGUCCUAAACUUGCGAGGCUUACUCGAAUUAUGGUUACUCUAGGGAUGAAAAAUUCUGAUCCCGACACUAUCGUCGACAUGAUGAUGGCCGGAGCAAAUAUAGUCCGCUUGAACUUGUCUCAUGAAUCGGAGAAGUGGCACGCAAUCACCGUGCAGUCUAUCAGAGAAGCAGGAAACAGGAUGUACGAAUUCACGAACGAGGUUUACCCUUUGGGGGUUGCGAUGAAUCUUCGCGGCCCUGAGAUAAGGACUGGCGCGUUCCGCGGCGAUGAAAAGAGCCUAGGGUUCGCCAAAUUAAAAGAAGGUAGUAUGGUAAGAUUGGUCACGGACAAUAUCGCGAAACGUGCAGGCUGUUCUUCGUGUUUCUGGAUAUCUUAUCCCGAUCUACCUCGAGUGUGUCGACCUGGUGACAGACUACUGAUUGACCGCGGCGCGGCUUUGCUGCAGGUCACCUGUAUCCGUGAGAAGGAAAUAAACUGUAGGGUCAUUAAAGGCGGUACGGUAACGGAUUAUAAACCGGUACAAUUAUUGGACAGUGUGGUUUCAUUGCCACAAAUUUCGGAAAAGGACACUGAGCACAUUAAAUUGGCUUCAAUGUUAGAAUGCGAUUUUCUUAUCGUAAAUAAUACGCGCAACGAAAAAAUGAUUUACGCCAUUAAAUGUCGUUUGAGACAAUUCGGCGUUACUAAACUUUGCGUUAUGGCCAAGAUCUCCACGCAACAAGGCCUAGACAGUUUGGACGAGAUUCUAAACGCGGCCGAUGCCAUUUUACUCGACAGGCCUAGUAUCGAGAUAGAAGUAGGGCAAGAAAAAUUGUUUCUCGUGGAAAAGAUAAUUAUCGCCAAAUGUAUUAAGAUUGGAAAACCGAUCGUGUUAGGAUUUCAAGUAUGCAACAACGGGAAGUUAAACAUUGAUAUGAAUCUAAUUGCGAAUGCUGUCCUAAAUGGCGUCGACGCGAUACUUCUUAAGACCGGUAGUUUAGAACCGAAAGAAGUCAGUCAACUGUUGAAAGACGUUGACGUGGUUUGCAGAGAAGCCGAAAGCGCUCUAUGGCAAAAAGAUAUCUUCGACGAACUCAGUUAUAAGGUACCGGUACCUUUGGAUCCUCUGCACGCGAUCAUAGUUGGGGCUGUUGAGACGUCGCUAAAGUCGAAUGCAGCUGCAAUCGUUGUCACGACGACAACGGGACGUAGCGCCGUUCUGUUAUCAAUGUACCGCCCCAGAUGUCCGAUUCUUGCGGUCACUCGUUACGGGAUCGUUGCAAGAUGGUUACAACUCUACUAUGGCAUCCACGCUCUCCAUUAUAGAAUGGAAGCUUUGCUCAAUUGGGGCGAAGACAUGCAAGCUCGAAUUCAGACCGGUAUCGAUUCCCUCCGAAGAAAAAGGUAUAUUAGAGUCGGCGAUCCGGUGGUGGUCGUCAGUGGAUGGCGUCAGGGUACAGGAUUCACGAAUUGCAUACGCAUAGUUUACGCGUCGCCAGGAUUGGAAAACCAAAUAUCAGAUUUCGAGCCUUGCUGGUGAAACAAGUUAAUUCGGACAUAAAUAUUUGAAUUCAACUAAUUGCAACAAUUAAUAAAACCAUUCCUUAUGAAUUCCUCAUAAGCCUGUUUAUCUGUAAAAAACCUUUCAAUCCCACUUUAUUAUAUGAAUAUAUUUAGAUAUACAUGUAAAUACACUGCAUGUAAAACGUUAAAAAAUCUUCUUCGAGAAAACUUUGAAAAACAAUGCAGAAAGUUUGCAAUCGUAAUUCCUUUCUGUAAUCAGUAACAUUGAACGCGUGACACAAAAGAUGCUUCCCCGGUAUGAUAACGUGCCUCGAAUGAACACGAAUCAUGACCCCCUGUGCUUUGUCAGGCUCCGCAGAAACUUCGCUACAUGAAUCGGCAAUAUGUAAUACCUAUUUAAUUGUUAACUGAUAAGCAACACUGCAGUGGAUUGUGCCUCCCUGACUUGUUACGCAAUUCCAAAACCGUAAAAACGUACAUUUUAAAUCCUGUAUAAUGUUAAUAUAUUUUUGCAAUAA